AUGCCGAUUUUCAACAAAUACGUCGAACUUGGACGAGUUGUCUUCAUCGCCAAGGGAAAGGAUGAGGGAAAGCUUGCCGUGAUCGUUGAUGUUGUCGACGGAAACAAAGUAUGUUAUUUUGAUUGGCGUUUUGAUUUUUAGAAUGUUGUUUGAGGGGUAAUUCAACUAGUUAUACGACCAGCUUUUUUAAAUUUUAAACAUACAUGUUUUAUUUUUAGGCACUUGUUGACGGUCCAUCCUCCGGCGUCAUCCGUGGAGUCAGAAACUUCAAGGAUCUCCAUCUCACGAAAUUCCGUAUUCCACUUCGCGUUGGACAACGAACAAAAUUGGUCAAGAAAGCUUAUGACGAAGCCAAGAUCAAUGAGAAAUGGUCGGAGACCAACUGGGCCCAAAAACUCCAGAAGAGGCAGAUUGUGAGUUUUUCUCUGCGUUACAAUUUGGCCCUAAUUUUUAUUGUGUUUUUGAAUCGAAAUUUAUUUUAUGUUUUCUAGCGUGCUGGUUUGAACGACUUCGAACGCUUCAAGGUGUCUCGCGUAAAGCAGCUCAAGAACAGAGCCAUCCGUCUCGAACUGGGAAAACUGAAGAAGGCCGCCGGAAAGAAGUAA